AUGCCCUCCGACGUCGCUCUCAAAGGCAUCCAUCUUGUGGAGGAGCGCGCGGGCACUGAGGGGAAGCUCAUGGUAUGGGGAUCCCGCGCCAACUGGAUCUUGGGGAACGUAUCAGACGCUAAGAUUUCGGUCACCAAUCAAACCCGCAGCGUGCUGGUUCGUGGGGGACGGGCGAGCGGGCGGUGUAUCGGCCUGGGAGCGGAGUUGUACGCUCAGGAUACCACCAACAACGAGUUUCUGGCGGCUCCUCUUGCCGAGUUUCGCUUUUUGAAGGGAGGAGCGACCGCGCCCCUUGGGUACUGCCUACCGCCCCUUCACAAGAAGACUUACAAAUACGUCCUCGACUUCCUGCGCAGGGAUAAUGUUGAUCUCGGAGCGGGCUGGAUGUUCUGGAACCCCAGCGCUUCAUCCUGGAUAACUGGUACCGAAGACGCGAACGUUCACGACAUAUGCUGCCAGACACUCUUGCUCCGUCACGCUGAGAACGAAUGCACGCGUUUCGCCGGACGGUUCAUAGAACAGCUGGAAAAACACAACAAGGUGGUUGUGGCGACGGAGGACAUCGUGUCUGCGAGCAAGAGGCUGCAAGAAUUGCAAGGCGGCCAUAACAAGAGGGCCAAGAGAUAUCAGCAUUGGCAACUGGUGAUGACUAUUCCCUCGACCCACUCACGCCAUACCGACGCCGCCAGCCCAAACAAGACGCUGCACAUCCCUAAAGUUGUUGUAAACGCAUGGGUCGCUACAGUCUACGUGUUCAACACGGGUGCUACGAUGCAGAGAGAGCUUCCUCAAGCCAUGGGAUUGCAUCAUCGGAUACGCCUGCGCGCGCUCCUGCGGAGGUGGGCGGAGACUUCGGCGACGGUGGGCCUCUGGAAGGAUGGUAACUGGGUGUUGGCCUCUUUCGACGACGAAGUAGUGGUGGUACAAGACCUCCCCAUCAUGCUGGUACGGGUGGGAAACUGGGAUAGAGUCUGCAAGAACUUUGGGAACAUUAUCGGAAGGUACGACUCGACUCAACGGGGGAAUGCAGUACACGACGUUGUCGAGUACCGAGGAUGGUACGAGAUGAUGUUGAUUAUCAACUACACCGUUGUUGUGUGGACCAAGAAUGUCGACGGCAGCCCAUCGUUGUGCCACAUGAACUCACAAGUGGGGAAGACCUUCUCCGAUGUGAUCCAACACUGCAAACGCCUCAAUGCAGCGAUAGACCUCUCCGAAGACGUCAUGACCUGGUGUUCCAAGACGUCGACAUGGAUCUCCCGCACUGUGCACGACCAAGUCACCGAUGCCGACUCUCACAUGCUGCUCAUACGAAGCGCACUCAACACGGACGCCUGGGGAUGUGGCCCCUUCAUUGACCGGCUGGAGCGAGAGGAGCGUGACUGCUUGGCUUGUCGUAACGUGGAUUGA